AUGGCACUAGACAACAGGUAUAACUCGUGGGCAGAUCAGUGGGAUACAGAGCCAGAGUACUACAAUGGUUAUCCAGGAAACAAGAGCAACCAUGGUAGUGGGGGUGGCAUUAAGAUUGUCAUCGUUGAUAUGUCAGGCGCAUUACUAGAAGCGUAUGAUGAAUUACAUAGAUGCUGUUUCUUAAGCACUUCCAGAGAUGCAGAAGAGACCAAGGAAAAUAUAGUCAAUUUAAAAAGGAAAUUAAGGAUUGGUAUACAAAGAUUUGAUUGUAAAGAUCAAGCAAAGAAAAUGGCACUAGACAACAGCUAUAACUCAUGGGCAGACCAGUGGGACCCAGAACCAGAAUACUACAAUGGUUAUCCAGGAAGCAAGAGCAACCAUGGAAGUGGCAACAUCAUUAAGAGUAAGGUAGGAGAAGGGUUUGAUAAGUCAAAAACAGUAGCAACAACGGGGAUGAAGAAGGUUAAAAAUGGAACAACACUUGGAUUUCGUUGGAUUAAAGACAAAUACCACAAAACCACUCAUAAAUAA